CUAGAGAUUCCAAGUGCAUAUCUAUUCACAUCAUCUCAGAGAACAAUUGAAUAUGAAAAAAAAGUUGUUAAAGAAAUAGCUCUUGGUUUUACUCGCCUGCUUUAUGUUACUUCUGAGAAAUUAUUGCUCAACGAAUCACUUAAAAUUUUAUGUAAUCGCUUGUAUAGAAACAGGAAAUUACAAUUUGUAAUCGAUGAAGCUCAUUGUAUUUUUAGUUUUUGCCAUUUUAGAAAAUUAGAGAAAAUUAGGAGCAUUGAAACAAAUUAUCCUGGCUCUAAUAUCAUGGCCUUAACCACAACUUUGUCUUGGGACAAUAUAGUAGAUCUGAGAAGUAAUUUAAAUAUUAGUGCCCAAAACUUUAAGCUUGUGAGAAGUGAAAAUUUUUUACAGCCAGAGUUAUAUUUCUUAGUGCUAGAUAGAGAGAAUUCAAAAUCAGACUUAGUAAAACAGCCAGAUGAUUCAAUACUACCAGUUUGUAAUUCUAGUAAUUCUUGCAAUAAUUGCAUUAGACGUAAUGCAGAUUGUGUAGAAAAAAAAGAUGCGCGAAUAGAUAUUGUAUAUAUGUUGAGGGUGCUGAAUGUAUUGUCUACAAAAACACUAGCUGAGUUAGCAUUAGCUGAUUUGGUUUACUGUAGUCUUGUAAAACAAUCCAUUUGGUUAGAAAGAAAAUCUUACUUAAUCUGCAGUUUAGUUAUUAAAGGAACAACAGAAGAUGCAGAUCUACUUGUAAAUACGAAUAGUUGGUUAUAUUGGAAAUAA